UCUGUCAUCAUCAUGACCUUCAACGGGACCUGGAAAGUCGACCGCAAUGAGAACUACGAGAAGUUCAUGGAACAAAUGGGCGUCAACAUGGUGAAAAGGAAACUGGCUGCCCAUGACAACCUGAAGAUCACCCUGGAGCAGACCGGAGACAAGUUCAACGUGAAGGAAGUCAGCACUUUCCGCACACUGGAAAUUAACUUUACUCUGGGCGUCACCUUUGACUAUUCUCUGGCAGACGGCACUGAGCUCACAGGAUCCUGGGUCAUAGAGGGAGACACGCUCAAGGGGACUUUCACACGCAAGGACAACGGAAAGGUACUAACAACAGUCAGGACUAUCGUUAAUGGUGAACUUGUACAGAGCUAUAGCUAUGAUGGAGUCGAGGCCAAGAGGAUUUUCAAGAGGGCUUAAACUGUUAUCUGCACUCCCAAUGUCAAACUUACAACUGAAGUGGGACAAUAUGAAACUUUAUAGUGUUUGAAUAUUUAACCUGAAAAUAGCUUUAAUGAUUGGCAGCCCUAAAGUUUACAAAACAUUUAUGUAAAUCGUGUCAUUUGCACUGUGAGUUUUGAUAUUUAUGAUAAUAAAGCUAUCUUAAGGCCCUUUUGUGAAUGGA